AUGGCUGACCGCUUCAUAGUAUGGCCGAGAGAAGAAAGAUACUUAGAGCUCUCAGAACAUUUUCAAAUUGUAGACAGUCUAGGGGCUAUCGAUGCCACAGAAUUUGAAAUACGACAACCACUAAACCAGUUGCCAUCUUAUACUAGCAGAAAAUGCAAAACAACUAUUAAGCUUCAAAUAGUAUCUACUCAUGAUUUGGAAAUAAUUGACGCUGCGGUUGGAUUUCCGGGAAGUAUAGGCGAUGCAAGAGUUUUGCGUCUCAGUCCCCUCUCUAGAGCAUUAGGUGCUAAACUUGUACGAUCCAACUAUCAUAUUCUCGGAGAUACAGCUUAUCCACUUCGGCAACAUCUGCUCGUUCCUUUUCGCAAUAACCACGAACUAGAAGAUCAUGAAAUGGCCUUCAAUCGAGCUCUUAAGAGGGACCGACAGGUUGUGGAAAGAGCAUUUGGCCUAUUAAAAAUGAAGUGGCGAAGAGUAAAGUUCCUGGAUUACUUCCGAAUGCGGUAUGCACACCGUACGUUAUUGGUUUGUUGUUGUUUCCAUAAUUUCGGUUUGCGCCAUGACAACUGGCUUGACGAUGCCCCAGACGUUGAAUUGGAUGACGAAGAGGAUCCGGAUUACGAGUUUGACGAAGAGAGAGAGACCGAAGAGGGUCAACAAAAAAGACAGUUUAUUGCAGAACAAUUCAUCGUUUAA